AGAGCGCGAGAGCAACAGGUUCACCCUGGUCCCGGCUAAUAACGUCCCUGAGGCCGGGGCAGCACAGCACAUCAGCAAGUGUCCCAGCUCUUGUCACCGUCUCCAACGUCCCCUUCCUUCGAAGCAAAAACGAAGGGAUACCCAGACAGUGUGUGUGGAGCUAUAUUGUUUUUGAAAUUUUGACCAUAAUAAUAGUACCAAUACUGUCAGAACAAUGGGGAACACCAGCAGUGACCGUAUGGGAACAGAUCGCCAUGGAGGAUCCAAGUCCCACCGAAGUGAUAGCAUGGGAUCUUCACCAUCAUCAAAAGAGAAUGAACGUCCUAAAAUCAUGGUGGACAGCACAGAUGACCCCAAUAUUUUUCAUACACACGACUCAAAGCCUCUCACUGAUAAGGAAUUUGUAUCCUGGCAACCUGAUGUAGACGAAUCUGUAAAAUUUCCUAAGCAAGCUCGCCCCACUGUUAUUCGCUGGGUGGGUGGCGGGAAAGAAGUGUUCAUAUCUGGAUCCUUCAACAACUGGCAUACCAAGAUUCCACUUAUUAAAAGCCAUAAUGACUUUAUUGCUAUUCUUGAUCUACCAGAAGGGGAACACCAAUACAAAUUUUUUGUAGAUGGGCAGUGGGCUCAUGAUCCUGCAGAGCCAGUAAUAACUAGUCAGCUCGGGACGAUCAAUAAUGUCAUUCAAGUGAAGAAAUCUGAUUUUGAAGUAUUUGAUGCUCUUAAGCUGGACUCGCUAGAGUGUUCAGAUACUUCAGAUUUGUCAAGCUCCCCUCCAGGUCCAUAUCAUCAGGAUAUAUAUGUGUUGAGACCUGAAGAACGUUUUAAGGCGCCUCCCAUUUUACCUCCCCAUCUUCUCCAGGUCAUUCUCAACAAGGACACACACAUUUCAUGUGAUCCAGCUUUACUACCUGAACCAAACCAUGUGAUGUUGAAUCAUCUAUAUGCACUUUCCAUAAAAGAUGGUGUGAUGGUUCUUAGUGCCACCCAUCGAUAUAAGAAGAAAUAUGUUACUACUUUACUCUAUAAGCCAAUCUGAUCUGCCAUUUCUAGCCAGCAUGCUCAAAUGGUAAAUUAAUGUCUGUUAGUUGGCUAUUCAGUGAUGGAGCUUCAUUAGGAUUUUAGCAGUUUGUGUUGGUUGCCUUCUACAUAAUAGUUACAAGCACUUUACCAGAUUGACGUGCAAUUGUGACACUGAAUGCUAUGGCAUCAACUAGGGCAAUGCAGAAUGUUUACUUUAGAUUUGUACUUUGGGAAACUUGAAAUGCAUCUGAAAUUGAGGAGCUAUCUCAGCCAUGAUGAGCUGUUUUACAAGGAAAAACUUUGUUGAAAUUCAAAUGAUUUUGAAAUAUGUCAAAAAUCUUAGUAUUUUAAUUUAUAUUACAUUUGACUUCAGGGGAGUGAAACAACUUUUUGUUUUAGUAAAAUACAUUUUUUGAUUGAAAUCUUUGACUGUUUAGUAUGUAGAAGUGUGCUUAAUACCUGAACCUUUAUAUGUAGCAGCACAGCUACUUAAUUUAAUGUAGAUGCACUGGUGUGAAUAUUUUUGAUGAAACUUAUUACCUAGAAUAUUGGUUUUCAAAAUGUGAAGUACACCAAAUAAUGAUUUCCCCCAGCUAGCAAAUGUAUUUAAGAAGCUGUUUAAAGGAUUGACAAAAAUAAAACAAAAAAUUGUAAUUAGAGGUUAGAAUUUUAAUAUUAGAAACUGACUAAAACUCCAUUUGCACAGAGUUGAUACAUUGAACAGAGGAUUUUUGUUGUGAUUUUAAAUAAUGAUAAAUAAGUUCAGAAUCAUGCUGACUGGUGAAACUGGCAGAUAGGUGAAAUUAAAUGCAAAGAAGUGUGAAAUAAUACACUUUGAUAGCAGAAUGAGAAAUGGUAAUAUAAACCAAAUUGUACAGUUGGCUGGAGGGGAACACAGAUAUGGAACUAAACAAAUAUCCUAGAGAGUAACAGGACAAGUUGAGAAGUUUUGUUUGUUAAAGAAAAACAUCUGGGAUCCUUGGCUUUAGCAAUAGUGACUUCAGAGUAUGAAAAGUUGUAUAGUAAGCAAAGCCUUUGCAAGAAGUACUAAGAAUGAGGGACUUCAGUGAAGUGAACAGAAUUUUAAAAAUCUGGGGGUUAUUCUCUUGAGGGCAGAGAUAGUAAAGAUUAUGAAUGAUCUUGAUAAUGUACAUAAAGAAAAAGUAGUUUCCAGUAGUCGGAGAAUAUGGAUGUAGGUUGACUACAAAACGACUAGAAGCAACAUUUGCGAAGAACAAGUUGUCAUGAUCCGGACUGCACUGCCUGAAAGGAAAUUGAUUCAAUAGUAUCUUCUAAAAGGAAUUGGAUAAAUACUUGAAGUGAACAUAUUUACAGAGCUACGAGGAAAGAGCAGGAGGGUGUGAUAAUCAUUCUUUUGAAGAACCAGCACAGGUGCAAUGAUAGACUGGCUUCCUUCUGUUGAAGGGUUUUUGCCCGAAACGUCAAUUUUCCUGCUCCUUGGAUGCUGCCUGACCUGCUGUGCUUUUCCAGCACCACUCUAAUCUUGACUCUGAUCUCCAGCAUCUGCAGUCCUCAUUUUCACCUGGCACCCUUCAGUGCCAUGUCAUUCAGCGAUUCAAUGAAAGGGCAGCUAGGAGAGCAUUAUAGCCAUGGAAUCAUUUUUGCUAAUGAUUUCAGAUCAAAUUGAUCUAACUGAUUGUUCUGCCAGUUGAAUUACUGCCAAGUGACAAGUCAAGAGUCUUUAUUUUAUUUCAAGAUGCAGGUGCUGCAGGGAAGUUUAAUUUUUAUCAGGGCUAAUAAUUGAAACUAAUCUAAAGCUGCAAGUUAAAAGUGCACAAGCAUGAAGAUUUGAAAUAAUUAUCUUAUUUGAAUAUCAAAGUCUAAGAGCUGGGGUCGUUGCUCAUCUGUAGAAACUGAAUUGGGAAAUAAUUUAUAUUUCCAAGUAUUUGAAGCAAUCGCUGGCUGAUUUGUCACUUGCUAGCAGAACUGGAGUACAGUAACUAUGCAUUAUAAGGUAAAUUUGUUAGCACCCUGAAAAAGUUUUCCUUUGAAACAAUGGGAAACAUGACAUUUGAGUUGUACCAAAUGAUCCAUUGUUCUGAGGGCAGUACAAAUUGUUUGAGGAAUUUCAAAGCCUUAUAUUGUUGAUUCUUUGCACUCCUUUGUGAUUGAAUAGCAAGUAUGUUUCCUGUACAGAUUUUUGUUGGAGCACAAAGUGGUCUAGAUUUGUGUGUGGAAUAGCAUGAAUAUUUGUCUUUACAGAUACUGGAGUGCACUUCCUGUGUAAAUUGAUGUGUAUACUAUAUAAGGUUGUAACAAAAAUAAAAUCAGCUGAUUACAUAA